CUUCUCAGAAUGAGGAUACCCUCUCGACGUUGACGAACAACCCUCGAGUUCAUUGGAAUCAACCAACUCGUGACGUGUCUCGUACACAAGCAGCGAGAAGGUUCACGAGUCCUGGAAAGAUGACUGGAAACUACAACAGGCACAGCAUGCAGGUCUUUGCUGACUUCCAACAUUUUGAAAGUCCCCGGAACAGCCGAUCAAGUCCGCAGAGAUAUAAUGACGAGGAUGAACUGUAUGAUGGGGAGCCAAGAACGCCCACGGAAAAAAUAUCGUCUUCAGCAUCCAGUACCUAUACUUUGGACAAAAGUCUACCAGAUCCCCCGUAUCAUAUCUUUACACUUGGCAAGAAAAAGCAGCUGGUCUACAUUGUAUCCUUGGCUGGUCUAUUCUCGCCGUUGUCAUCCAAUAUCUACUUUCCGGCUCUAGGACAAAUAUCGAGAGAUCUCAAUGUCAGCUUAGCAACAGUCAGUUUAACAGUGACAGUAUACAUGAUCGUUCAAGGUCUUGCACCAUCAUUUUGGGGGCCUCUGUCUGAUACCAAAGGACGACGUAUUACUUUCAUUGGCACAUUUGCCGUAUACCUCGUCGCAUGUUUUGGUCUUGCUUUCUCCAAUGAUUUUGCCUCAUUGAUGAUCUUCCGUGGCAUUCAAGCUGCUGGUAGUGCUGCCACGAUCUCUGUUGGUGCUGGUGUCAUUGGAGACAUCACUACUGCUCAAGAACGAGGUGGACUCAUUGGUGUUUUUGGAGGCAUUCGCAUGAUGGGUCAAUCAAUCGGUCCCGUCUUUGGCGGCAUCAUCUCACAGUAUCUCGGAUUCCACGCCAUUUUCUGGUUCCUGUUUGGUCUAGGCGGUCUGACGCUUCUCCUCAUCCUCCUCAUCCUUCCCGAAACUCAACGAGCGAUUGCUGGAAAUGGCACAAUACGAUUAGAAGGCGUCCACCGUCCUCUGAUAUACUCAUUUUCUCCCUCUUCAGAUGAGCUUUUGGAGAGGGAUCGUACACCAAAGAAGAAGUUUACAAUCAAAAGUAUCACUGAUCCUCUGAAGCUGCUCAAGGAGAAGGAUGUCAUCUUGACUCUCCUCUUCGGCUCUAUCGUGUACACUGUCUGGAGCAUGGUUACAUCCAGCACAACCGCUUUAUUCCAAGCUACAUUCAAGCUCAAUGAUUUGCAAGUUGGCCUCGCCUUCCUUCCCAAUGGUGCGGGCACGGUAUCAGGUUCUAUCAUUAUGGGCAAAAUCAUGGAUAGAGAUUACCGAAAGAUGGAAAGAGUAUACAAAGCCGAAAAAGGGAUUCCCGAAUCUACCAAACUGAACAAGAAGGACCUGCUCGACUUCCCGCUCGAGAAGGCUCGGUUGCCACAAAUGUGGUGGAUCAUCCUCCUCUUCAUCGUCUCCACGGCCUUAUAUGGUUUCUCUCUCGAGCUCAACCAGAUCGCUAUCCCGCUUAUUCUGCAAUAUAUCAUCGCCUUCACAGCUACGGCGACGUUCACUGUCAAUAGCGCAUAUAUCGUUGAUCUGUACCCGGGCAUGUCCGCAUCUGUUACUGCGGUCAACAAUCUGGUGCGCUGCUCUGUGGGUGCCUUUGGUGUUGCGAUCGUGCAGGUUGUGAUUGAUGCUAUCGGAGCUGGACCCUCGUUUGCGAUGUUCGCGGGCAUUACGCUGGUUAUGAGUCCGAUGUUGGUGCUGUCGUGGUUCUUUGGGCAGAAGUGGAGGGAUGAGAGGAGGGAGAAGGUUAUGAGGAGGGAGGAGGCGAAGAAGGUAAAUGAUAUGGAGAAGGAGGUAGUUGAUGAGAAGAAGUAGAGUCUAGAGUCAUAUUAGCUUGACGAGAAAUUGGAAGUAGUUUUGUGAGAUGCAAGGCUAGAUCGUUAAGUUAGAGAACGGGAAAUAGGACAUUUGAUGGUGGAUUGUGGGAUUUUAUGGCAUCGUACUUGGAUUGGUGGU